AUGCUGGGCCCGCCAGGCUCGGUAUGGAAAGGUAAAGUACUGGGCAUGGCUCCGCUCCACCUCGACACACGGGCUCUAGCCGUCGAUGACCGUCCAUCCACAUCCGUCCAUCGCAUCCUGCUCCGGUCGUGGGCCCUGUCCCAGUCCUGGCCCCCGUCCCGCCUGCGCUCGCACCCUGCUCCUGGCACCGCUCCCUGGCUCCUGGAUGUCUGGCUGGCUGCCCGCUGGCAGUCCGCCAAUGGCUGGUGCGUCUUCUUCCAACCUAACUAA